AAAAAAAAAAAAAAAAAAAAAAUGGAAAAGGCCUGUACCCGGAUUUGAGACCCAAAAAUUGAGCCAAAAUUGAUAAAAUGAGCGGAAUCCGAAACUGCCCAUUUGUAAAACUCUGCUUGCAUGCUUAACACUUAGCUUAAAAUCCCUAAACUCUGCUUUGCUGUGCUGAGUUGUUACUUGUUAGGCAUUCUUUCUUUGGUCACUAACACUGACUCAUCAGUCAUCACUCAGUUUCUUCACCAAGCUAAGCCCUUUUUUUUAAAUGCUCUGAAGUUUCAGUCUUGUUUGUUUUUGUGUUUUGUGUGUGGCUCUGUGUCUGAGCUGAAAAUGACUUCCUUUGACAGAGACCUUGAGGAGAAGCUUAAGGAGUCUGGGAGUACCCUCCUUAACCCUCCACCCUCCAUUGAUGACCUUCUCACUCUUCUUGAUGUAAGUUUUUGGCCCCAAGGGGAGGGGAAGGGAGAUUCGAACUAUUGACCUCCACUUCAUGAGGCGUGGUCUCCAGCUGAUAGUGAUGCCCCUUGGGCUUCAUUUUUAUUUUUUAUUCUUGUUUUUUAAACAUGCCUUAGAUUAUUAUAUUCAUUUUUAUGACUUUCUUCAGUCUGAUCGGUUACCAAUUUGAGGUUCUAGUUUGUUGUAGCAUAAUUGUUUUAAUCUGAAUUUAACUUGGAAAUGUUUUGACCAUUGUCUUGAACUAUUUUCUUCUUCCUCUGGCUGUUCUGAAAAUUUUUCCUCAAUUUUUUAAUGGUUGUCAUGAUUCAAAAUUUUCAUCCUCUUUGUUUCAUUUUUUCGCUCAAUUGGGACUAAGGAAUAGUUGAGUUGAUUCGAGUUGUUUCCUUCUGUCUUCUAGAAAGUUGAAAAUUUGUUAGCAAAUGUGGAGCAAGCACCAUCCAAAUCAAUGCAAGAUGCACUUUUACCUUCAUUGAAGGCACUGAUCAGUAAUGAACUUUUGAGACAUGCUGAAAUGGAUGUGAAGGUUUCAGUUGCAUCUUGCAUUACUGAGAUUACGAGGAUAACAGCACCAGAUGCGCCAUAUGAUGAUGAGCAAAUGAAGGAAAUAUUUCAGCUGACUGUAGCAGCAUUUGAAAAAUUGUCUCAUGUGUCCAGUCGCUGUUAUACAAAGGCAGUUUCAAUUCUUGAUACUGUUGCAAAGGUCAGGUCAUGCUUGGUGAUGCUGGACCUUGAGUGUGAUGCAUUGGUUGUUGAGAUGUUUCAAAAUUUCUUAAAAAUAAUUAGGUCCAAUCAUCCACAUGCUGUAUUUUCAGCCAUGGAAACAAUUAUGACUCUGGUCAUAGAUGAGAGUGAAGAUAUUUCGUCGGAUCUUCUCAGUCCGCUUUUAGCUAGUGUAAGAAAGGAAAAUCAGAAUGUUUCACCUAUUUCGUGGAAAUUGGGGGAGAAAGUAAUCACUAAUUGUGCUGUUAAGCUUAAGCCUUAUCUCAAGGAAGCAGUGAGGUCUAUGGGUAUUGCUUUGGAUGACUAUGCUCAAAUAGUCACUUCUGUAUGCCAAAGUGAAUCUGCAGAGCAUUUGGCUGAUGAGAACAGGUUAGGAAAAAGGAUAGUUUCAAGUGAGCUACCAAGGACAGAUCCAAAUGAGCCGUCCCUGGUUACCAAGGGUCUUACUUCAGAUACUUUCAAGUCAGCGGUGAUUAAUGGCACUCCAACUAGGAAUGAUGAAAAUUUGAAAAAUGUAAAAUCUUCAAAAAGAUUACAGAGUUGCCGUCUUACUAAACAUUCCAAAACUGUUGGUGCAAGCAGCAAUUCUGAACCUGACAACUUAGACUCUAUGAAGGCAGCCAAAUCAGCAACUGAGUCAGACUCUGUUCCAAAGAAAAGGGGUAGGAAACCUAAUUCUUUAAUGAAAUCUGAGGAAGGCUAUGAUCAUUCUUGGAUUUGUACAGGAAGAAAGACUUCGAAGCUAGGUCGUCCAAGAAAGUCUCAUGAUGGGGGAGUUGAUGAUUCACCUUCUGAAACACCGGAUACUAAGGCCCCUUCACCAUUGGUGCUUGAAAAUGUGACUGAGCCUUCAAGUUUGCAACCUAAAACUAACGAGAUCAUAACUGCUGCUUCUCUGUCCCCAGAUCAUUGCCUUCCUGAUGCAAGCCAUCCUAAAAGGGGACGGCCAAAGAAAAUAGGGAACAACAAGAAUCAAGAUGCCAAUCAUCAUUCCCUAUCAAUGUCAAAGGGAGGGUUCUUGAAUGCUCAGGUUGAGGAGAAAGCCCUACAAUCUGCAGAUGUUAGUUUGAACAAGGAAUCUGAAGUUACAAAUAACUCUGAUGCAAAACCACAGCGGCACUCUAGAAAAGUUCAAAUUGCUAUAAAGAUCAAUGAGGAGACAACUCAAACUCCCAUCCAUGUAGUCUCAGAGAAGGAAGCUUCUGACCCUUCUGGUCCUGAGGAGAAACUGUUGCAGCCAUCAGAUAUGAAUGUAGGGGUAACGAAUAUCAAUAACAGGUCAUCAAUCCAAACAAAUAGCAAGAAAAGGAAGAGGAAAUAUGCUAGUUCUGAAACGGAUAUUACUGAAGCUUCGAAUUGUAAGACAAUUUCUAAGUCUGCAACUAAAUCAGCCAAUGGAGAUGAAAGUUACUUGGAAGAAAGCCCUAAAACAAAACUCAGGAGGAAGAGUGCUGCAAAGGGGGAGGAUUCUGGGAAGCCUGAUUUUGAUGAACGUUUGGUUGGUUGCAAAAUAAAAGUUUGGUGGCCAAAGGACAAGACGUUUUAUGAAGGUGUUGUUCAUUCUUAUGACUCUGUUAAAAAGAAGCACCAGGUGUUAUACACUGAUGGUGAUGAAGAAAUAUUAAACCUCAAAAAGGAACGCUGGGAACCGAUUGUAGAUGUUUUGCCAGAAGGAGGUCAGGAGACUGAUCUUCCAAAAGCUGAUGCUUCAUCUGAUAUCAGGCCAAAUAAGAGGAGAGGGAAGACCAAGUCAGAGUCAGCAAAACAAGAGAAGCCCAAUUCUUCUUCAAAAAUGAGUGGAACUUCAGCCAACAUAUCUAAAGUUGAUUCUGCAAAAAGUGGUGGUAAUUCUGCAGAUGAUCAAGAGCUUGACAAUCCUAUUAUUGUUUAUGAAUGUGUCAAUAACCCAUCUAGGACAGUUGAGGGAUCAAAAGAUGUUGGCCACCAAAAAUCUACUAGCAAGUCAAGUAUUGAGAGACUAAAGAGUGGUAACAGCAUGAAGCCCAAGGGAUUCCUUUAACUUACAGGUCAAGUAUGAAAAAAGGGUGCAAAGAAAUGGAGGUCCUUCUAUUUACCUGAGUUAGACAAGGUUGUGUAUAGAGAUGAGUAGUGACACAGGCUCACAGGCUUAUAAUUUUGGCUUUAGUACAGGGGAAGUGUCAGUUAUAUUAUCUUUCUUUUGUUUCUCAUGUAGUUUCAGAAGAUGGUUUUUGUCUUCAAGGAUUGGGCUAAAUAUAAUAUCAUAUUUUGAACUCUCUA